ACGUGUGUUCAUCAGCUUGGACCCCAAGAUUUCCAUCGAGAAGGCAUACAACAUUUCAUCGAUGCAGCUUCCUGAGUUACAGACUUGGUACCAGAUGCACCUCCAAAGAGCACAGGACCGUGUGCGAAAUAUCUUGGAGCAAGCCCUGAAACCAUUUGUAUUCAGUUCUAUUCCGAUGAGCAACCGACCCAAAAGGUUCCUCACCGCUAUAAUUGUUGCAUUAGUUUGUGCCACUGUCGGUGCAGUUGUCGCAACUGGAAUGUCUGCAGCCAACUCUAUUACUGUCCAAAAGCUGGAUUUGGAAAUCUAUGCGCUAAAGCAACACAUUAACGAUAUUCAUCAGGUGAUACAACAGCAAAGAACACUUCUCCAAGAUGUGUUAACUAUUGUGGAAGACACAGUUGUUACAACAAAUUUGCAUUCGGAAUUAAUUGCCAAAUCCACUGAGUUGCACCAAAGUCAUGACUUAUUUAAGCGUGAACUUCUAUUUCUGCAUGACCCAAUAUUGUUCCACACACUUGCUUUUCUUGAUGAAGUGCAAACUGGAAUGAUCGAAUUGGCAGGGGGACGCAUACCUCUGUAUUUUGUAUCCAAGGAUAUUGUUCAUGCGAUGCUUGCCAAUGUGGAUGGAGAGACAAUUGAGCCUAUGCAAUUAAAUCUGGCCUUUGAGAUGGGGAGCGCAAUACCUCUCUUAAUUGAUCCGGAACGUAUGGAGAUUUGCUUUUUCUUGACCAUACCAUAUGUAACUCCCAAAGACAUUUUUCAAAUGAAAACAAUGUACUAUGUAAUAAUGAUAUUAUGGUUGAUUGUACUAAGUGUAAAGUUCAAAACUUUUACAGGUACAAAUAUACACAAAAAUGUUCAUUCCACGCACGGGCCUAUGUUAGAAAUGAUGUGAUUGCACAAUAUGUCUAAUAACUUCUAUAGUGCUUAUUCAUAAGCUAAAUUAAUUUUGGCUAUGAAAUGCACUAAAGGGGGGUUAUGUCAGGGUAUUUAUAUCGGCAGACAUCUUGUGCUAUGGUAGAAAUUAAAAGUGUAUAUUCUGAGUCACUCUGAACAGACCAGACUCCAUUUUGUUAUUUCAAGUUAACAAAAAGACACUAUAUUUCUAUCUGCAAGCUAACCACUUUCCCAGAUCUGAGGAAUGCAUAGUAUAUACAAAACAAGUGAUAAGGAAGGGGGUUGGACAGACUGUCUAAUGCUAAGAAGAAUAUAAUCAAAUCUAAACCCAGACAAUUGUGACAGAGAAGAUUAAAUAAUUUAAUAAUAUCAUAUAUAAUAUCAUAAGUUAAUCUAUCAAUUAUCUAAUCAAAAGUUAACUCUUUCCUGGAUAGGUAUGUUUAGUGGGACAAGACUGCCCUCUACAGACUAAAUGCCUAAAUUGCGAUCUGGAAGAUAACCACACCUCUAGUGCUUCUAUUGGGUUAUCAACUGAUGACGUACAGAGAGUCUGGCCCUUUAAAAGUUAGGACAAAGGGAAGAUAGAGGAUGCAAAAAAGACGAAGGAGGCAGAUGCAAGAUAUGCAAAGGAGAGAAAAGAGAGGAAUUGGAAGUUUGGGGACUCCAACCUCCAUGCAGAGACACAUCCAAAUAAAUUCCUGAGACUACCAAUCGGAUGAAAUAUCUACUCAACUGGUAAUUAUACUGGUUUCAUUUAAUUAAAUUAAUUAAUUAAAAUGUAUUAAUAGCAUUAUAUAUGACUGGAUAAAGCACGGUCAGAUUUCCAUAUUAAGAAAUCUUAGUUAACUAAGAAUAUAUAGUUAUAAACAUUCCAUUCUGCAGGUGGAAUUAAGAAUAAUUAUAUAUUGAUGUGAUAUUAUCACGUGUUAGCAUACCGCUGUUUUUAUCCAGGUGUAUUGAUUUGCUCUAAAUUAAGAUAGAUAUCUUUUAGACAAAUUAAAAAUCUGCUUAUAUAAUGUGGUAAAUUCUCUUAUUGGAUGAUUUUAAGAAAAUGAAUUUAAACUGGUUUAAAUGUUAUUUUAUUUAAAAAUUACAUAAGAAUAGAUCUUAACUACCUAGGAGAUCUAGCCAGCAUUGAAAGGGUUAUUCUAACUGUCUGCUAAACUUUACGACCUCACGCUGCACUCUGAGGAAUUCUGUUCUUCUGUGAAAAGUUUCACUUUCAGCCUGUGUUAAAGAUAGUCAUAAAUAAUUCUUGACAGGAAAUGCUAUUUAGCCAUUGAAACGUAAUACCCAUUUCUUUGUAUUGCAUAUAAUUUUGUACUGGAUAUUCAUUGAUUAUUGUUAUGCAUGUUACAUAAUAUUAUUUGUUUAUAAUUAAUUUGUCAUAUAAAUAAAAAUCUAUUUUUAUACAUUGUGAUUAUUUAUAUGAAAUACUUUCCACUUAACACGAUAAACGUUCUUUGGGAUCUGAGAAUUGAAUUAGUGGGCAAUUCUCAACUGUUUACUAUUAUUAUCCCAUAAAUAUCCCCACAGGUGUUUUACAUACACUCCCUAAUAGAGAAAGGAGAAUUAGCCUCGUUCGACCAUUUAAAAGUCACUUAUACACUGCCGAACAUAGCACACUUCUCUUACCUCCAGCUAAAAUCCUGGUGGAAGACCCAGGCUCCACACCCCAUAUCACACACCACUAGUACCUUAACCCACUUCGAAAAGAGUAUCAUGGCAGACACGCCAGCGGUAAAACCCAUCUCAACCAUAUAUAAGCUAUUACUGCCCCAACAGGGAAUAAAAUCCCUCACGUGUGUACGCUCCUGGGAAAAAGAUCUAGACCAAACACUGCCAGAGAAGACCUGGCUGGCUGUAGCAAAUGUGACCAGAGGCCUGACGUUUUGUGCUUCACACUUAGAGACGACCCGUAAACUUUUUUACCGUUGGUACAUGGUCCCAACACGCCUCGCCACCAUGGACCCACAAAUGUCCAGCACCUGCUGGCGCUGCAAACAAGAAGCAGGCACUUUUUUACACACUUGGUGGAAAUGUACAAAACUCCAGCCGUGCUGGAAAGAAGUUAUCUCACUCAUACACCAACACACCUCAAUUACGAUACCAAACUCCCCAAAAGCCUUGUUACUACUCCUGUGGGAAGCCGAAUACCCAAAACCACUUAAAUACCUAAUUCUACACAUACUAGUAGCCGCCCAAAAUCUUAUCGCAAAAAACUGGCUAUCACCCACCAAUGCAACAAUGCGAGAAUUAAUCAAACACCUGUCCCAAAUUGGGAAAUUUGAAUCAAGCAUAUCCCGCAUCCCACCCAAUAAGAGCUGGAGGCAUGAAGUAUGGGAAAACUGGGAACUGAAACACCCGACCUGA